CGCUGUUCAUUAUUUCUUUCCCUUCAAAAUCUCAGCAUGCAGACAACGGAUCAAGACUGGGUUCCAUGUUUACUUAAUGAAACAGAGAAACUUUUUCGUAAGUUAGUCCGAUUGGAUAACCUUUUUGCCUACUGGAAUGUGAAAUCUCAGAUGUUUUACCAUGAUUUUGAUGAAUCUUUGAACAACUUGAAGAAUGGCAUUGUCAGUGAAAAUAUUGUCCCAAAAGGUUAUGAUUUAGUAUUUCGUCCUAUAUCUGCUAAUGCCAAACUUCAGAUGAAUCAUCGAUCAGAUUUUGACUUUUCUGCACCCAAAAUUAACCUGGUUGUUGAGUUACAUGAAAUAGCCAUUGAAUUUAAUAAACCACAGUAUUUCAGUGUUAUGGAACUUCUUGAAUCAAUUGAUAUGAUGAAGCAAAAUCUGCCAUAUAGGAAGUUCAAACCUGAUAAACCUCUUCACUACCAUGCUAGAGAAUGGUGGGCUUAUGCUAUCAAUGGUGUCCUUGAAGUAAAUGUUUGUCCCAGAUUACGGAUGUGGUCAUGGAAGCAUAUUAGAAAACAUAGGCACAAAGUGAAGCAAUAUAAAGAACUGUAUAAAAAAAAGUUAACAAGUAAGAAGCCAGCUGGUGAUAUUCUCAUGUCUUUGGAGGAGUUGGAAAAGGUCCUGGAUGUGUUUAAUAUAACAUUAGCAAGACAACAAGCAGAAGUUGAGGUAAAGAAGGCUGGAUACAGGAUUUACAAAGAAGGUGAAAAAGAACCAGAGGAUGAUAAAGGAUGGUUUAGCUGGAUGUGGAGUUGGUCAGAAACAAAUACUAAUGAACAACCAGAAGUUAAACCUGGAAGUCUUGCAGAAAUAUUAACACCUGAAGAAAAAGCUAAGCUCUAUGAAGCAAUUGGCUAUAGUGAAACAGCAGUUGAUCCAACCUUGCCAAAAACAUUUGAAGCCAUGAGGCUUUUCGUUCACUUGAAAAGUAUGUCCAUUGUUCUAAGAGAAGAUCACCAAAAACCGGAGCUGUUAGAUAUCCUUGUAGAAGAAUUUACCACUAUGAUUGUGCAAAGACCUGGAGCACAAGCAAUAAAAUUUGAAACCAAAAUAGACUCAUUUCAUGUUACUGGCUUACCAGAUAAUUUGACAAAACCCUGUCUCCUGUCUUCAUUGGAUGAUACUACAUCACUCUUCAAAAUUAUAUUUGAAAUCAAUCCAUUAGAUGAAACUGUUGAUCAAAGGUGUAUCAUAGAAGCUGAACCUUUAGAGAUAAUAUAUAAUGCAAGGACAGUCAAUAGUAUAGUGGAGUUCUUCAGACCUCCAAAAGAGGUACAUUUAGCACAGCUGACUUCAGCGACUUUGACAAAACUUGAAGAAUUUCGUGAUAAGACAGCAACAGGUCUGCUGUAUAUUAUUGAAACACAGAAAGUUCUUGAUCUCAAAAUUAAUUUGAAGGCUUCAUAUAUUAUUGUCCCACAAGAUGGAAUUUUUAGUCCUACAUCAAAUCUACUUCUUUUGGAUCUUGGUCAUCUAAAGGUGAUAAGUAAAAGUCGUUCAGAAUUACCAGAUGUGAAGCCAGGCGAGGCCAAUCUUGAAGAGAUAAUGCGUAGAGCUUAUGAUUCCUUUGAUAUUCAGCUUACAAGCAUUCAGCUGCUUUACAGCAGAGUUGGUGAUAAUUGGAAAGAGGCACGAAAGCUCAAUGUUUCUACACAGCAUAUUUUGGUACCUAUGCACUUCAAUGUGGAACUCUCUAAGGCCAUGAUUGUCACAGAUUUAAGGAUGCCUAAAUUCAAGAUUUUUGGAAAGUUACCUCUUGUUUCUUUACGAAUUUCGGAUAAAAAACUUCACGGGAUUGUGGAAUUAGUUGAAAGCAUUCCAAAAUAUGAACCUGCUCCUGAUAUACCUGCUCCUGGUAAAUCAUUUCAGAUUCAAUCAUCCACUUCUUUUGGAACAUCACAGUUUUCACAGAAAAUGUUUCCUCUUUUGGAACUUCCAUCUAUUAUUGAAGAUGACUCAGAGGAGGAGUUUUUUGAUGCACCCUGUAGUCCUUUGGAGGAGCCUCUUCAGUGUCCGACUAGAGUUCAAAGUUUUAAACACAAAAAGUUUCAAAAGCAGGAUUGUUCCAAAAAUAUGACGGAGUAUAAAAUAAGAUUUGAAUUACCAGAGGUUUUGAUUCAGUUUUAUCAUCUUGUUGGAGAUUGUGAACUACCUGUGGUAGAGUUUGAUGUUUUAGGAUUGGGGACCGAAAUUGAGCUUCGAACAUUUGAUGUGAAAGCAAAUGCCUUUUUGAAAGAGUUCUGCUUAAAGUGCCCAGAAUACUUGGAUAAAAACAAGAAACCGAUUUAUGUGAUUACAACACUUGAUAACACAAUGGAAGAUCUGCUAACACUGGAAUAUGUGAAGGCUGAAAAGAAUGCACCGAACUUGAAAAGUGUCUAUAACAAUGUUGUACAACUGGUUAAGGUGAAUUUUUCCUCUUUGGAUAUUCAUUUACAUACUGAAGCACUUCUGAAUACAAUGAAUUAUUUUAAUAAUAUCCUUCCACCAUCGGAGGAAAAAUUGACCUCAGUGAAUAUUGUGGAGAAUGAAGACAAAGGAGAUGUUAUUAAAAAAAUAUCUUCUAAACUCUCCAGGAAUGAAGAUAUUAUUUCCUUGCAGAUUUUAGCAGAAUUAUCAUGUUUACGAAUCUUUAUUCAAGAUCAGAAACGUGAAAUUUCUGAAAUUAAGAUUGAAGGGCUUGAUUCUGAGAUGAUUAUGAGGCCAUUGGCAACUGAAAUAAAUGCAAAACUAAGGAAUAUAAUUGUUUUGGAUUCUGAUGUUAAUGCUUUAUACAAAAAGGCUGUUUAUAUCACUGGAAAAGAAGUCUUUAGCUUCAAAAUGGUUUCUUACAUGGAUGCAACUGCUGGUUCUGCAUAUACAGAUAUGAAUGUGGUUGACAUUCAGGUUAAUUUAACUGUUGGUUGCAUUGAAGUAGUUUUUGUCACAAAAUUUCUAUAUUCUAUAUUGGCUUUUAUAGAUAACUUUCAAGCUGCUAAACAGGCCUUGGCUGAGGCAACUGUUCAGGCAGCGGGAAUGGCUGCUACUGGUGUAAAGGAACUAGCACAGAGGAGUACCAGAAUGGCAUUGGAUGUUAACAUCAAAGCCCCAGUUGUGGUCAUUCCACAGUCUCCAGUUUCUGAAAAUGUUUUUGUUGCUGAUUUUGGACUAAUUACGAUGACAAAUACAUUCCAUAUGAUAGCAGAGAACCAGAGCAGCCCCCCACCUGUUAUUGAUUUGAUAACAGUAAAGCUGAGUGAAAUGCGACUGUACAGGUCUCAAUUUAUUAAUGAUGCAUAUCAGGAAGUACUGGAUAUACUGCUGCCAUUAAACCUUGAGGUGGUUGUUGAGCGAAAUUUAUCUUGGGAGUGGUACCAGGAGGUUCCUUGUUUUAAUGUAAAUGCUCAACUAAAGCCCAUGGAGUUCAUUCUCAGUCAAGAAGAUAUGACAACUAUUUUUAAAACACUGUAUGGCAAUAUAUGGUAUGAAGAAAGGGAUAGUGCCGCACCUGCUGUAAUGAAAGACCAGUCUAGUGUUACUAGUGGAGCUGCUAAUGCUUCUCACCAUUUAGGAGGGACAACUGUAGUGACAGCUGCUGUGGUAGAAGUACAUUCACGUAACUCUCAAGUUAAGACAACACUAAAUAUGAGUUUCAGAACUGACUACCUCACCAUGGUAUUGUAUAGUCCAGGCCCUGAACAGACUUCUUUUAUAGAUGUCCGGGAUCCUUCUCUGAAACUUGCUGAAUUUAAAUUGGAGAAUAUUAUAAGUACUUUAAAAAUGUAUACGGAUGAUUCAACAUCAUCUUCCUUCUCGUUAAAAAACUGUAUUCUAGAUGAUAAAAGGCCUCAUGUCAAGAAGGCAACACCUAGAAUGAUAGGACUGACAGUUGGGUUUGACAAGAAGGACAUGAUGGACGUAAGAUACAGGAGAGUCAGAGAUGGUUGGGUGACUGAUGCAGUCUUUCAGGAAAUGUAUAUUUGUGCAAGUGUGGAAUUUCUACUGACAGUUGCAAAUGUGUUUCUUGAGGCGUACACUACAGGCAGUGCUGUAGAAACCAGUGUUCAAACAUGGCCUUCGAAGGAAGAAGUACCUGUACAAGAAUCAGAGAAGUGGGAAAUUAAUAUUAUUAUUAAAAAUCCUGAAAUUGUAUUUGUGGCUGACAUGACAAGAAAUGAUGCCCCUGCCUUAGUCAUUACCACACAGUGUGAAAUUUGUUGGAAAGGUGACCUUGAAAAUGAUACAAUGACUGCUGCAGUUAAAGAUCUCCAAGUGAGAGCAUGCCCAUUUCUUCCAGUCAAGAGAAAAGACAACAUCACUACAGUUUUGCAGCCCUGUGACUUAUUUUAUCAGGCUACUAAGAUAGGUACAAAUCCACAAGUGGUUGAUGUAUCAGUAAAAUCCCUGACACUAAAGGUUUCACCAGUUAUCAUAAAAACUGUGAUUACCAUAACUUCAGCACUUUAUACAACAAAGGAAACCAUCCCCAAAGAAGCUACUACUUCUACAGCACUUUUAUGGGAAAAGAAGGAUACAAAGAAUUUAAAAAUGUGGUUCCUUGAAGAACCAAAUGAAGCUGAAAAAAUAGCUCCCACAACUGAAUUGGUACCAAAAGGAGAGACAAUAAAAAUGAACAUUGAUUCUAUUUUUAUAGUUCUUGAGGCUGGAAUUGGUCAUAGAACAGUACCUAUGCUUUUGGCAAAGUCACGUUUUUCAGGGGAAGGGAAAAACUGGAGUUCUCUAAUAAAUCUCCAUUGUCAGCUUGAGCUAGAAGUGCAUUAUUACAAUGAAAUGUUUGGUGUAUGGGAACCGUUGCUUGAACCCUUAGAAAUUGAUCAAACUGAAGACUUUAGACCAUGGAAUCUUGGAUUCAAGAUGAAAAAGAAAGCAAAGAAGGCCAUUGUUGAGUCAGACGCUGAAGAAGAAAACUACAAAGUUCCAGAGUAUAAAACUAUCAUCAGUUUCUAUUCAAAAGACCAACUAAACAUUACAUUAUCCAAAUGUGGCCUUGUUAUGUUAAAUAAUUUAGGCAAGGCAUUCACAGAAGCUGCCACUGGAUCUUCAGAUGUCUUUGUAAAGGAUCUAGCACCAUUUAUGAUUGUAAAUUCUCUUGGACUUACUCUCUCUGUUUCGCCAAGUGAUUCCUUUAGUGUACUCAGUGUUCCUAUGGCUAAAUCAUAUAUAUUGAAAAAUGAGGAGAGUUUAAGUAUGGAUUAUGUCCGAACUAAGGACAGUGAUCAUUUCAGUGCUAUGACCAGCCUAAGCAGCAAACUCUUCUUCAUUCUUCUUACACCUGUUAACCACUCUACUGCUGAUAAAAUUCCUUUAACAAAAGUGGGACGACGUCUGUACACUGUAAGACACAGAGAGUCUGGAGUUGAAAGAUCUAUUGUUUGUCAAAUUGACGCAGUGGAAGGAAGUAAGAAGGUAACAAUUCGCUCUCCCAUCCAGAUUAAAAAUCACUUCUCAAUCCCAAUUUCUGUUUAUGAAGGAGAUAUUUUAUUGGGAACUGCUUCACCUGAAAAUGAAUUCAACAUACCAUUAGCAUCUUACCGAUCACUCAUUUUUAUGAAGCCAGGAGAUGAGGACUAUCAAGUGUGUAAAGGAAUUGACUUUGAAGAAAUUAUAAAAAAUGAUGGAGCUCUUAUAAGGAAGAAAUGUAGACCUAUAAACCCUUCUAAGAAACCAUUUAUCAUUAAUAUUGUCCCAGAAAAAGAUAAUUUGACAUCUCUGUCAGUAUAUUCAGAAGAUGGUUGGGACUUACCAUAUAUAAUCCAUUUGUGGCCACCUAUCCUGCUCCGAAAUCUUCUUCCUUACAAAAUUGCUUAUUACAUAGAGGGGAUUGAACAUAGAGUUUUUACUCUAAAUGAAGGUUGUUCAGCCCAGAUUUUUACUGCGGAGAUGGACAAAGCUAGACUACAUUUAAAGUUGCUUGACUAUCUUAAUCAUGAUUGGAAAAGUGAAUAUCAUAUAAUGCCUAAUCAGCAAGACAUUGGUUUCAUCAACUUUACCUGUGUUACAGAAAUAGAAAAGACUGAUUUAGAUAUUGCUGUCCAUUUGACUUAUAAUGUUGGUCAGGUAGUUGCAGCAUUUCAUUGUCCUUACUGGAUGGUCAACAAGACUGGUCGAAUGUUACAGUAUAAGGCAGAUGGAAUUCAUCGAAAGCAUCCACCUAAUUAUAAAAAGCCAGUUCUCUUUUCUUUUCAGCCAAAGCACUUUUUUAAUAACAAUAAGGUUCAGCUUAUGGUAACUGAUAGUGAAUUGUCGGAUCAGUUUUCAAUUGAUACUGUUGGUAGUCAUGGAGCUGUUAAAUGUAAAGUCUUGAAAAUGGAAUAUCAAGUUGGUGUCACCAUAGACCUCAGCAGUUUUAAUAUUACCAGAAUUGUGACAUUUACUCCUUUCUAUAUGAUUAAAAACAAAAGCAAAUAUCAUAUAUCUGUAGCUGAAGAGGGAAAUGAUAAAUGGCUCUCUGUUGAUUUGGAUCAGUGUAUCCCCUUUUGGCCUGAGGAUGCUUCUAGUAAACUUCUCAUUCAAGUUGAAAGGAGUGAAAGUCCUCCCAAAAAGAUAUAUUUUAACAAGCAAGAAAAUUGUAUUUUAUUGCGUCUGGAUAAUGAGCUUGGAGGCAUAAUAGCUGAAGUUAAUUUGGCUGAGCAUUCUACAGUUAUUACAUUUUCAGAUUAUCAUGAUGGAGCAGCUACAUUCCUGUUAAUAAAUCAUACCAAGAAUGACCUUGUUCAGUAUAAGCAAAGUUCUCUCGGUGAAAUAGAAGACUCCCUCCCUCCUGGAAAGGCAGUACUUUACACAUGGGCUGAUCCAGUGGGGUCUAGGAAGCUGAAGUGGAAAUGUGGAAAAAGCCAUGGUGAAGUAACGCAAAAAGAUGAUAUGAUGACGCCUAUAAAUUUGGGGAAAAAGACCAUUUAUUUAGUUUCAUUCUUUGAAGGCUUACAACGCAUUAUAUUAUUCACUGAAGAUCCAAGGGUAUUUAAAGUGACAUAUGAAAGUGAGAAAGCAGAGUUAGCAGAGCAAGAAAUUGUAAUGGCAUUACAAGAUGUUGGAAUCUCUCUUGUCAACAAUUAUACAAAGCAAGAAGUAGCCUAUAUUGGCAUUACGAGUUCUGAUGUUGUUUGGGAGACAAAGCCCAAGAAGAAGGCAAGAUGGAAACCGCUGAGUGUUAAGCAAACUGAGAAGUUAGAGAAGGAAUUUAAGGAAUAUACUGAGUCUUCGCCUUCAGAAGAUAAGAUUAUUGAGUUGGACACUAACAUUCCGGUUCGCUUAACACCUACUGGUAGUAACAUGAAAAUUCUGCAACCACAUGUAAUAGCUGUGCGAAGAAAUUAUCUUCCAGCAUUAAAAGUGGAAUAUAGUACAUCUGCACACCAAUCAUCAUUUAGAGUUCAAAUUUACAGAAUACAGAUCCAAAACCAGAUACAUGGUGCUAUAUUUCCUUUUGUGUUUUAUCCUAUUAAACCUCCCAAGUCAGUCACCAUGGAUUCAGCACCAAAGCCCUUUACAGAUGUCAGUAUUGUCAUGAGAUCUGCAGGGCAUUCCCAGAUAUCACGUAUUAAGUAUUUCAAAGUGUUGAUCCAAGAAAUGGAUCUCAGGUUAGAUCUAGGAUUUAUCUAUGCUUUAGCAGAACUUAUGGCAGAAGCUGAGGUGACUGAAAAAACGGAGGUUGAACUUUUUCAUAAAGAUAUAGAAGCUUUCCAGGAAGAAUACAAAACAGUUUCAUUAGUAGAUACAUCACAAGUCAGUCUCUAUGAAUACUUUCAUAUAUCUCCUAUCAAGUUGCAUUUAAGUGUUUCAUUGAGUUCGGGUAGAGAAGAAACGAAAGAUUCGAAACAACGUGGAGGACUGAUUCCAGUUCAUUCUUUAAAUCUUUUGCUGAAGAGUAUUGGUGCCACACUUACAGAUGUACAAGAUGUAGUUUUUAAGCUUGCAUUUUUUGAACUCAACUAUCAGUUCCAUACAACACCUGAACUCCAGUCUGAAGUAAUAAGACACUAUUCAAAACAGGCCAUUAAACAAAUGUAUGUACUCAUUCUUGGACUUGAAGUUUUGGGAAAUCCCUUUGGCUUAAUUAGAGAAUUUUCUGAAGGUGUAGAAGCAUUUUUUUACGAACCUUAUCAGGGAGCCAUUCAGGGUCCUGAAGAGUUUGUGGAGGGAAUGGCACUAGGACUAAAGGCACUAGUUGGUGGAGCAGUUGGUGGAUUAGCUGGUGCUGCCUCCAAAAUCACCAGUGCUAUGGCUAAAGGAGUAGCAGCUAUGACUAUGGAUGAAGACUAUCAGCAGAAGAGAAGGGAAGCCAUGAAUAAGCAACCAACUGGUCUUAGAGAAGGCAUCACUCGUGGAGGAAAAGGCUUAGUUUCUGGUUUUGUAAGUGGCAUAACAGGAAUUGUGACAAAACCAAUUAAAGGAGCUCAAAAAGAAGGAGCAGCUGGUUUCUUUAAAGGUGUUGGGAAAGGUUUAGUUGGCGCAGUGGCAAGACCAACUGGAGGCAUCAUAGAUAUGGCUAGCAGUACAUUUCAGGGAAUAAAAAGAGCUACAGAGACAUCUGAUGAAGUGGCAAGUCUACGACCCCCUCGGUUCUUCAAUGAAGAUGGAGUUAUCAGACCUUACAGGUUGAGGGAUGGUACUGGAAAUCAAAUGUUACAGGUAAUGGAAAAUGGAAGAUUUGCAAAAUACAAAUAUUUUACCCAUGUCAUGAUCAAUAAAACAGAUAUGUUAAUGAUAACCAAAAGUGGUGUGUUGUUUGUCACCAAAGGAACAUUUGGACAGCUUACAUGUGAGUGGCAGUAUAGUUUUGAUGAGUUUACCAAAAAGCCAUUCAUUGUUCAUGGGAGAAGAUUGCGCAUUGAAGCCAAGGAACGGGUGAAGUCUGUAUUCCAUGCCAAAGAGUUUGGAAAAAUAAUUAACUUCAAGACCCCAGAGGAUGCUAGGUGGAUCCUGACAAAGCUAGAAGAAGCAAGAGAACCUUCCCCAAGCCUCUGAUGGAGAAAACUAGCUGAAGACACACAACAAUAAGUCAUUACAGCAUCCAGUUUUUACCUUCCAAAGCUUCUUUAGUUACCCAUUCCAAAUCCUGUUUGGGAAGCAUAUUACAGAAGUAAUUUUAAGUACCUGUAUACUAGAUGCUUAAAAAAAAACACAAAAUAAACAAACAAAAAAACACAUCAGAAUCAGGUAAAAUGGUUGUAUGAUUAAAGUAUGUCAACUUUUGAGAGAUCAGUUGGGUUUUCCAACUUGAAUCAUGCAUCUGGUUAAAAUUCUAACUUUUUAGAACAGAAGAAACGUUUCUUUUAUGAAUCUUAAAUACUUGCUCCAGGUGAUUCUCUUCAGUGGUAGGGAGGUUUCCCAAAGUUAGUUUCCACAUAGAGCUUAGUUUGAUGUUCCCAGUUCACAUUUUAAACUUCGAUCAUGUUUACUUCAAACUGCCUGAAUGAGUGAUGGGUAAAUGAGCAAAUUAACAUUGCCUCAGUGGUAUCAAGAGAACUUCGGUGGUGGUUUCUUCUUAAACAUGACGUUCUUUUUACUGAAAAAUAUUUUGGCAUUAUUUUAUUCUUUUUUAAAUAAAGGAUAAGUUUGGAUUGCGUUUAAAAUGCAUAGCAUAAUGAUGAAAAACAAUCUUUUUAAUAUAAUGUGAUAUGGACUGAAAAAUACCCCUUCAUCCCUCACCUUAUGAAAAAUGCUUGAAGAAAGGAGCAUCAUACCCAAAAAAAAGGAAAGCCCCUCUCAGAACUUUGGAGCCUUGGGAAGACUUCCUCUCUUCAAGCCAAACUCCAUGGUUUAUUCAGGCCAUGUUUUUAAUAGACUGCUGAUUUCAAAGGAAGAUUCCUGAAGCCUUAACAAUACUGACUUUCCAUUCACUGGUAAUAUAAAUCAACAAAAUCUCCAAAAUCUUAGAAUGACUUAUGCUCUAGAGCAGACAGCUCCUCUCACAAGUAAGUAUACCCUAAAAUCUAACCCAGUAACUGGUCAUACUGGCAUUAGACUUGAAAAUUUCUGGUUUGUUUCCUCUGCAUUUAUUCAAGUGAGCAUCAUUUUUUUCAAUGAACAGCUCAUAAAAUAAAAAAUCCUGGGCUGCACAAAAACAAGGCUGUGGAAAUGAAGCAGUCUUAUUUAAUUAUUGAAUAAUACCGAGUAUUUGAUGCAUGUUGAAUGUGCUGCCAAAUGAUUAUAAACUGUUUUUCAAAUUGAGGAUUCUGUAAUCAAAUUGUUGUGAAAUUCUUCUUGGGCUCCUCAAACCCUUGCUUUGUUAUAAAAGCUAAAAUAAACAGCAUGCCAGACUGUAACUGUAUUUAUUUACAACCAAAUCCUGCCUACUGAACACUAUUGAUUUUUCUCUGAAAAAUGCAUUGUUUAUUUUCAUUAGUUUCCUCCAGAAUGUGUUUUUCUUUUCUGAACAUAAAUUCAACGAAAAAUGAUAAAUUUCAAACCCUGUAAAGAGUGUGUCCCCAUGAUGACCUUUGUUCAAAGAAACAUACACAUUUUCUCUGUUGCUGAACUCCUCCAAUUUUGCAAAUGCCAGAAUAAAACCCAAGGUUAGAGAUAGUCAGAAAGCUUGCUUCAAAUUGUUCUCAACAUAGAUGUUGCUUUACUGGCAUUCUAUUCAAUGUCAUUAGGCAAGUACCUCAUUUCCUACUCCAGUUUCAUGAUUUCAUCAUGGACAGAGAAAGUAGACAUCAUAACUUCUUGGGUGUCCAAUGGUGAAGGGAAAAAGCCUAAGGGGAAGCGUAGAAACUCUUCUAGUAUUCUCUGGACGCCAACAUGAGUGGGUUCUGAAACUAUGACACGUGUAAAGCCAGUGUCCUUCUCCUUUCUGUUUGCUUACCCAUAAGAACUUAGAAAUCUCUCUCCCAUUCUUCCUCAGACAGUCAUCUACCCAUCAACACUCCCCCAUCACUUCCUGUGUUACAAGACUAGAAGGACUCAUAAUUUCAAAAGCUGUAGUUCCAAUUGUUUUAAAAGGUUGUCUUCAUCUAAACAAAAAAGAAGAACAUCAGUAUAUCACUAGAUAAUGAGUCAGACUUUUUUAGCUUAGCAUUUUGUAAUUUAGUUGUGUUUGAGUGUAUAUUCCAUUUUUCCUAAAUGUUAGAGAGUCCAGAAUCUUGCUGUCUUUGAAAACAAUCUGCCAUGAAUUACAUUUAACUACAUUUGAUAACUGUCUGCUUGAAAACUUUAAGCUUGUGUUAGUUGUUUGGUAGUUGCUGUUGAAUGAGGUCCCUGAGUGUUAUCUCCUUUCUUUCAGUGUAUUAUUUGCUGUAACCCCAGGCCUUAAUUCUAACACAGCUUAUAUUCUGGUCCAUGUGUGUGAAACCCAAGACAGGAUGCCUCUUUCCUGCCAGUUCUUUUCUAGAGAAUUAUGAUCAUUAGAAAUAGCAACUUUGAUUUAUGAUAAAAUAAAGAAGCUUGUGAUUUCUUCACAUUUUCAAAAUACUCUGUCUGUGCACAUCUGCAAUGGUUUCCCCAUUGCUUCACAAAAAAUACAAUGUAUGAACUUGUUGCUUCUUCCCUAGUAUAGCAAGACUCUGGGAUUUUCCAGGCCUAGUUUGGUAUAGCUGUUUUCUGGUCUCUAAAUAAUCAAUACCAUCUAUAGGCAGUCGUUUCUUGCCCCCUCUCUCCUCCAUAAUCCUCAUCCAUCCCAAGACUAUCACUCCAAAUGGGAAAUUUUCCAUAAACUUGUUUUCUUUUCUAUGAUAAUUCUCUCCCUCAUUUUUCUGAUAGUGAGUAGUAGCGGUAAUAUUAUCCCAAAUGAAUAUCUGUGCACCUAGUUCAUCUCAGAAACAUCCUGCAAAAUGGUAUCCUAGUUCCUGUCUGAUUAAAAAUAAAUUAAAAUGAUUAGCUCAUUGCUGGAUUUUCUGCACCUUAAUUAUUCAGUCAUUAAUUUCCAGUGUUAGUUCUUCAGGCUAUGCCCAGUGCCCCAUGCACAAGCAUCUGUAUUGAAAAGAUUGGGACAAGGUACUGGGUUGGGUUGCCUCUAAUUGCUGAAAGUGUGUGCCAGAUACACUGAAGGUAGAAGUGGGCAUGUGGAACAGAGUGUCUUCAUGAUCCGGCCAACACAAUUCAGAAAAAUCUUUUUAGGUUCCAGGGCCAUAGCUUUGAACCUUCUCUCAAGAUCAGCCAAAAUCCUUGAAGACAGUGUUUUCAAACAGUAGGUCUUAACCAGUUAGUGGGUCAUGAAAUCAAUUUACCGACUCAAGACCAGCAUUUCUUAAAAGUAGAAUAGGGGAGAAAACAUCAGAGGGCAUUGCAUAUAACAAGGGUUUCCUGAAAUAUUGUUUCAAAUGCUCUAUGUACUGUGUCAACUGAGUCAAAAUUUACAAUAUUUCCUCUUGUGAAUUGCAGUUUAAAAACCAAAAACGAACAAAAGCUUGAAAGUCACUGCUCUAGGAGGCUCAGGCCAUUAGUGAUUGUUGGGACAGUCUGCAUUAUGUGGAGCCUGAUAUUAGCUAAGGAGCAGCAGAUCCACAACUCAGGCAGUCUUCAAAUUGUAAGCACUAUAUUUUUGUUUAGAGUGAGAAUAUAGGAUAGCUCUGUGUUGGUUUAUAAAAUGUUUUCCUUUCUCGGUAUGUAUCAGAUACUCAUGAUUCAGUGUGAUCAGGAAAAAAAAAACAAAUAUGAUUUUCUUUGGUGCUAUCUAAUAUCACAAAUAGCUCCUUUACAGACUCUAUAAGGUGACCUGUUCACUCCUAAUCCUUUGAAAUACACUUUCUAAGCUGCUUACUGCUAAUGCUAACCUAUAAAAUUAGCAUUGACUAAUGUUUUAUGAUUCUUGUAAUCUGUAUUUUCAGUCAUUGGCCAAUCGAGCUAUUAGUGCAGACUUUUUCCCAUGUUUUUCUUCUUUCUUCCACAAUUGGUUGUAUUUGUUUCAAGGCUAUCCUAAAAGCAGGCCAGCAUGUUCACCGAGAAGAUGCUGGAUCCUACUCUGAUAAAAACUUUAUGCAUGUUUCUUUAAUUGACAUUUCUUUUUUUUCCACUUUAUUUCCUCUUUUGUAAAAUAAAUUAUUCCAUGUCUCAUUAAAAGAAAAAUAUUUUAAGAUUAUGGAUUAGUUCUACUUUUUUAAAGCAUUAUGGCAUUUUCAGAAACAAAUGAUAAAUUUGGUUACUCAAAGGGCUUCUCAAGAAAUGGAGCUUUAAUUUUUAUAGGUUAUGUGUAUUUUAAACAUUUAUAUUACGUUAUACAAAUACAAAUUAUGUAAUUUCUAUUAUAGUUUAACAUAUGUUACAAUAAGACAUCAAACUAUCAACUUGAAAAUCCUGUCACUGAUCACCAUUCAUUUAGAAUUGCUCUGUUACCUCAAUUAUUGUAUGUUCCUUCUAAGGAAGUCCUGAUAACAAGAAACCUUGUAAGGAUGGUAUAAUACAAUUCACAUAAUAUAUAUGUAUAUAUAAUAUAAUAUACAAUCAGAAGUGUACUUAAAAUAUAAUGUUGGAUUCCCCCAAUAUUUUGUUGGUGUGCCCUUAUCAUACAUCAGUGUUCCACUGGUUAUCUAAAAGUUCCCAAUUUGGGGGCUGAGAAACAUUCAAGUAAAAACGUAGCCUGGAUUACACUGAAAUCUUCUCAAUGCUAAUAAUUUUAUAGCCACACUGACAAGCUAUUAGAAGUUGUACCUGGGAUCUGUUGCAAGUUUAGACAGAUUGUUACAGACUUUUUAAAAUUAUCAUAUUUCUGUGAGACCAUGUGUAUUACAUACAAAAAUGAAUUUUUCAGGGAAUGUGUACUUUUAAAAUACUUUCUCUUGCUAAUUUUUGUAGUGAUCAAAUAGUCUGCUUCUUUGGAAUGCUUAUUCUUUGGUGGAAAUGCAGUGAUUGGUGGUGAUAGUUUUUUAAAAUUAUUUCUGCAUUACUGCAAUACUUUCUUCACUUUUAUGUUCCUUAUACCUUUAUGUGGGCCUGCUACAGUCUCUGCCUUGGCUUUGUGUAUUCUAGUAAAAUAAUUUAUAAACACAAACUUUUACAGUUCUUCCUCUUGAAACUGACUCAGUCUUAUUUUUUUCCCCUGAAAUUGGUUGGCCAUGCUUACUAAUGACUUUUUCUAAACAGUGAUAAUUAUUUCUUGGUAUUGGUAGGUUUAGAUUGCCUAGUAAGAUACCUGCCCAGUUUAACCAUGUAUACCUUUUUCAAAUAAAAUGAGUCACAGAUUUCUCA